AUGGCACAUGAAAAUCAAAAUUCAAAAACCCUCAACCCUUUGGCACCGGAAUACAUUCCGAUUAGUAUCUCCGGAAUCACCCCAUCCCUCCCGCCGCUGCAACCCCCGUCGUUUCUUCCACCACACCAAUUCCACACAUACUCCGCCGCCCCUCAAAGCCAAGCCUUCUACCCCGCCCCACUCCCGCCGCAUCAAUUCCGGCCAUACUACACCCACAACCCCGCCCCUCCGCCGCCGCGAUCAACUUGGGGAAGGAGAGAGAGACGCCGCGAGCAGUUCUCGCAGCGCGACGUGCGCAAUGCGGAGAGCAAGCACCAAAUCGUGCCUCUAACACGCGAUGAAGAGGCUACUACUGUUAUGAUCAAGAACAUCCCUUACAAUUGCAGAAGGAAAGAGCUGAUCACUAUGCUUGAUGACUUCUGCAAAAAUCAGAACGCGAGAAACGAGACACAAGAAACUCCCUCGCCUUGCGCUUACGAUUACCUAUACUUGCCGAUUGAUUUUUGGACUAGAAAAAGCAGAGGUUACGCAUUUGUAAACUUCACCACCUCAAGAGCUGCGUGGGAAUUCCACGACUGCGUUCACCUCACAUAUUGGGGUUUUCAUCACCGACCAAAUUGGCAAAAGAAAAUCGAGAUUGUCUGCGCCGAAAUCCAGGGCAAGGAAGACGCGGUGAGCCAUUUUUCGGAGUCGGUGUUUGAGUGCGAAACCGACGAGUAUCUACCGGUGUGCUUCAGCCCGGCAAGGGAUGGCUCCGGGUAUCCCGCUGAGCUUAUCGUAAUUGGAAAACGGCUACCCGUUGUUGAACGCCAGAGCUACAUUAAUCACAACUAA